CACAUAAAACACAUACUUAUUAAACACCAAACCCUCUUAUUUCAACUAAACCCCCACAAAACAAAAAUGGCCGCCGGAGUGCUGAGAAACGCCGUGAAACACAAAUUUUCCGGCCACUAUAUCCAGCAAAGACAUUCAUUUUCCGACAGGCUCACCAAAACUCCGGGGCCCACCAACCCAUCUCAUCAUUAUUGUCAGCAAACUAAAGCUCAUUACUCAAGGUUCCCUCAGUUUUUUUACAGAAAAGCCAAGGAGCUUGAUUUCUCAGCUCCUGUUAAUGUUUUUUCAUCACCCUUUUCAUCAAAUUCAUCAGUUUCGAGAAAUGGGCUUGUGGGGUGGUACUUGGAGAUGAUCAAGGCUAGGCCCAUUCUUACAAAGUCCAUCACUUCUGCAAUUAUUUACACUGUUGCUGAUUUUUCUUCUCAGAAAAUUGUAAGUCCGUCUUCAGCGCCCUAUGAUGUAGUGCGAACACUGCGUAUGGCUGGAUAUGGAAUGCUAAUAUUAGGGCCAUCUUUGCAUUUCUGGUUCAAUUUUGUAUCUAAGGCCCUUCCAAAGCGAGAUCUUCUUACCACAAUGACAAAGAUAGUCAUGGGGCAAACUCUAUAUGGACCUCUUAUGACUGUAGUAUUCUUCUCAGUCAAUGCAAGCUUACAAGGUGAAAAUGGAGAGGAAAUUUAUGCUCGACUGAGGAGAGACUUGGUGCCUACAAUGAUAAGUGGUGUAAUGUAUUGGCCAUUGUGUGAUUUUGUGACAUUCAAGUUCAUUCCUGUUCAGUUGCAGCCUUUGGUGAGUAAUUCAUUUUCCUAUCUUUGGACCGUGUACAUGACAUACAUGGCAAGCUUAGACAGAGCAGAUGUUUAGUGAUAUGUAACUGGCUCUGCUGGAAUCACCGGAAUCAGCAUCUUAUGGUGCCUAUCCUCAAACUCGACAAGUUCUGGUGAAUGUUUUUGGCACAGUACCAUUCUACUGACAUCAAGGAAGCUGUAAGAAGUAAUACAAUUUCAAUGCUACCUCAACUUGUUCUGCAUUGUUCAUCUAUAGAGCUGGAGUUCAAAUAGUUUUGUAACUUUUAGGUGAUACAGAAUUAUAAUACCUCACAAUUUGUAAAAUGGAUAUCUUACCAACCUUUAAUCAGGUGCUUUUAAGUUCUGUCCAUUAAAAUGGAUGAAGUCAUUCAGUGUUGUCCAU